GUGCUGUCAGCUGUUCCUGUUUUGUUUCUGUUUUCCCCGUCUUUUCCUCCAGUGUCUGGAUCACCGACUUCAGUAAAUAACUGCAGUAGAACUGAAAUUCAUCUCAUUUACAGCGGAGAAACACUCCAGCUCUGCCCGGGGCUCUUACCUACACACCAGCCGGUCACCAUUUCUUCCACAUUGGAGCCGUCUUCCGCCGACAUCGAGCGAAGAGGUGCAGCCGAUCCCGGGCCUCCAAUCCAGGGCGGAGGGAGGGAAGGAGGGCGCUGGGAAUCGGGAUGGAGAGCGGAGAGGGUGUCGGCGGGCCUGGUGGGCCGGACGGACCGGGGCUCCAGUUUGGCUGCGCCUCUUUCAACCAAGACUCCACUGGCUACAGGCUUCUGGUUACUGCUCCUUCCCAUCCUCUGUCUUCCUGUUACUCCUCCUCCCCCCGAGUAAGGAGUUGUACAGUCUGAUGGCCUGAGGGACAAAGGAGUUUUUCAGUCUGAUAGUCCUGCACUUGGGAAGGAGCAGUCUUUGGCUGAACCACAGAGGAAAAGAAAGAGCACUCAGAAAAGCACUCAGAGAGUGCAGACCUCCGCCAAGUCACUGGCUGUGGGAACAAAGACUGGCUACAAGCUGUUUUCUCUGACCAUGGUGGAAAAUUUGGACUGUAUCAAUGAGAGUGCAGAGACUCCAGAUGUCUACAUCGUGGAGCGUCUAUUCUCCAGCAGUCUGAUAGUCAUGGUGAGCACCACCAUGCCACAGCGCAUGAACAUCUACCACUUCAAGAAGGGGACAGAGAUCUGCAACUAUAGCUAUCCCAACAACAUCCUGGCUAUCAAGCUUAACAGACAGAGGCUCGUGGUGUGCCUUGAAGAGUCCAUUUAUAUCCACAACAUUAAAGAUAUGAAGCUGCUCAAGACUCUGCUCAACACUCCUAUCAAUCCCUCUGGUCUCUGUGCUCUUUCUAUCAACCAUUCCAACUCCUACCUGGCCUAUCCAGGCAGUGCCACUAUUGGGGAGAUCAUAGUGUAUGAUGCCAACAGUUUGAACACAGUGACCAUGAUCCCGGCUCAUGACAGUCCUGUGGCAGCUCUCACCUUCAAUGCCUCGGCCACCAAACUUGCCAGCGCCUCAGAGAGGGGCACCGUCAUCCGAGUGUUCUCCGUUCCUGAGGGUCUGCGUCUCUUUGAGUUCCGCCGGGGCAUGAAAAGGUACGUCAAUAUAAGCUCUUUAUCCUUCAGCCCUGACGGCCAGUUCCUCUGUGCAUCCAGCAACACAGAGACGGUGCAUAUCUUUAAACUAGAGCAACUUGGACCAAGUGGAGGGGACGAGCCUAACACCUGGACAGCCUAUGUGGGAAAGAUGUUCUCAGCAGCCAGCAGCUACCUCCCUGCUCAGGUAUCCGGUAUGAUGAGACAGGACCGGGCCUUUGCCACUGUUCACCUCGUUACAUCCGGACAAAGGAAUGUCUGCACCCUCGCUAUAAUCCAGAAGCUUCCGAGGCUACUGGUUGCCACAGCUGAUGGGCAGCUGUUCAUCUACAACGUGGAUCCACUGGAUGGAGGCGAGUGCAUGUUGGCCCACAAACACAGGCUUUUUGGUACUGAUGAUGAUCAAGGUGAAGGAAAAGAGUCAGAAGGGUCAGAGGUCAGCGGGCCAGUACAGGCCUGUCCAUCCUAUGCUGCGACUGCUGCCUUACCAGCCGCUGGUCCCGUUACUGCAACCCUUACUGGCUACUCUGAAGACGGUGGUGUAAAGAAAGGGGAAGUCAUUCCAGAGCAUGAGUUUGCUGCUGGACCUGUGUCUCUGGACGACGAGAACGAGUUUCCUCCUGGGCCUGGUCACUGGUGCAGCAGGUUGAGCAAAGUACUCCAGACGCUCCUCUGCCUAGCAACGCUUUCCAGCUCCUCCUGGGUGACCCCGAGGCAUUCCCAGGCCAGAUGAGAUAUAUCAUCCCUCCAGCGUGUUCUGGGUCAGCCCCAGGGCCGCCUUCUAGUGGGACAUGCCUGGAACACCUCCAACAGGAAGCACCCAGGAGGCAUCCUGAUCAGAUGCAACGCGAAGGAGCAGCGUCUCUAGUCCAAGCUCCCUCCAGAUGUCUGAGUUCCUCACCCCUAUCUCUAAGGCUGAGCCCAGACGCCCUACAGUGAAAACUCAUUUUGGCUGCUUGUGCAUGUCACUACCUAAGGCUAAUGACCAUAGGUGAGGGUUGGGAUGUAGAUGGACCAGUAAACUGAGAGUUUUGCUCCCUCUUCACCACACCAAACCACCCAUUCAUCUCACGCCCCAGAUUACCCUCACUCAUGAACAAGACCCAGAGAUACUUGAAGUGAGGGCAAUCCACUGUUUUCCAGCAGAGAAUCAUGGCCUCAAACUUGGAGGUGCUGACUCUCAUCCCGACCACUUCACACUCAGCUGCAAACCGCCUGAGUGCAUGCUGGAGGUCAUGGUGUGAUGAAGCCAGCAGAACCACAUCAUCUGCAAAAAGCAAAGACGCAAUUAUGAAGUCCCCAAAUCCCCCCAAAAGAACCAUCUACAAAAUACCUGUUGUCUUUGUUGACUUAUCAUAAAAAAAAAAACAUGAAACAUUCUUCUACUUUUGUAUCAUUCUUUAACAGCUGACAAAAAUUACACAAGCAGCAGGGGUCUUUCCAUAACAGUCAUGUCUGAAUAAAGCCAUGAGGAAUAUUUGUUUGUGUGAAAGUGCCCUGAAUGACAACAGGCUAUCACUUCAACAGACAGGUGAAGCCAGAGAUGUAAUGUAUUAUGAACAGAGCUUAAUUGGAAAUCUAUGUAGUAAUGACACUGACGUAGUACUCAUGUGGUCUUUGACUGUUUGCCAUGUGAAGACCUCUUGUGUUAGCAGAAAAAGGCCUCCUGCCUGAUCAUGAAGAGUUUCUCUUUAUCAGCCCAUUGAAACACCCCAUUCAAGUUCUAUGGUUCCACACUCAAUUACAGUAUGUUACCACAUGACCAGAGUGAAUACUAUGGGCAUUACCUGAUUAUGCAUUAAAAGAAAAUGCUGUUAUUUUUCAGCUUGGGGUCUGAAAGCCCAGACACACCAAACCAUGUCUUGACCAAAAAGUUGCACAUGAACACCAAACCAAUGGCCAAAAAGCACGUGUCCUGCGCCUGAGUGAGAGGACAUACCCCACCCUACCAGCAGAUGGCCGUUGUCUGUAAUCGUCAUCCAAAAAGGGAAACCAGAAGAUUGUCUUGAUGCUAGUUAGCCAGUUAGCACAUUAACAACACAAUCCAAUUUGAAAACAACAUAGCAUAUUUACCGUGCGCCAGUGAACAAGAACACAAACCAUUAGGAAAUGUUUCUGCUAAAGAGAUCAAUGGCUAAAGACAAAUAAUCUUAACUCACAAAACAAGUUUGUUUCGACCUCACUCCCUCUCGACUUAAGUCCUUAGUUAACAUUCCUCACUUCCGUUUCUCUUCUCAUGCACAGAGCUGAACUGCCAAUUAGAGUCGCUCAUGGGCUCCACUGUGUCAACACUGUGUCAACACUGAAUCAACAUGAUGAAUCGGCAGAAAAAAAGGCCAAUUGGUGAGGGCCAACGAUGCGGGACACACUGCACCAAUGAGGGUGGCAGACGCUCACCAACGGCCCAACUUUGACCAACGGCCAACCAUCGGCUUGGUGCAUCAGGGCCUUUACUCUCAUGGAUGUAUUAAGAGACCUGGAUACAGCAUUGGCGGCAGGGCUCUGUUCAUUCUUAUGAAAGUUGCUUAAUGGCACAUGAAGCCAAAAUUGCUCUAUGUCUGCGGUAUGAAAUUACCCAGAUGAUCAGCGCUGCUUCUGCAUCAUAGAGCAGGCGUACUAGAGACUUACGGCUGCUGCAGGGCAUGGCUGAGCAGCUAGCUUUUGUUGACCAAGUGGCUGACUUCCAGUUUAGUGCUCCGCUAACUUGGAUGGGUAUACAACAGUUUGAUCUUGAGGCUCUUUCAUACUUUCAUGUCCAAAUGUUAUCGGAUUGAGUGAAUUAAAUCUUGAUAGCGAAAUUACUCAUUUUGUGAUGGCUGUGACGCUUCACAGACGUCUUUUUCCCAGUAUAGGUCUAUGGGAAAAAGUCUUUUUGGGGCCCAAUGGCAUCAUGUGACGGACCCAGGAAACUGCAGUAACACUGUAUGGCCAUUACAAAAAUUGGCUUCAAAGCCCAGGGCACUUCUGGGGCACCUGCUUACUCCAUUCUGUCUGUGAAACAUGGCAAAUUUACAUCUCCUUGAAUGUGGAAAAAAAUGAUCAGGAUUAGUAGCCUAUGCCUCCUAAAGCGCUCCACAUUUACGUAACUGUACAUCAAUUUUUGACAAUAUGUUUCUGAGUCCAGCUGAGGUAAACACAGGAAUUAGCCCUUUUAUUAGCUAACUGCUAAUUAUAACUAACUGCACUGAGAUUUUCUUUUUCUUUUUUUAUUUUUUUUAUUUUAUUUUUUUAUUAGUGAAAUUACAAGACAACAAACAAGGUGAUACAGGACAAAUAAAGUGCAAAACAAAGCAAGCAGACAAGAAAAUAACAAAAACAAAACAAACAAAAACAGAAAUAAAAACCAACAGAACAAAACAGGUAGCCGCUUACAUCAGUUUUUGAGUUUGAGAAGGGAGUAUAUAGGAGUAGGUGAGUAGGUGUGUGUGUGUGUGUGUGUGUGGGUGUGUGAGUGAGAGCGUGUGUGCGUGGGGGUGUUUGGAUGAGACAGAGGGUGCGAUAUUAAUGUUAUAAUGUAGUAAUAAAAUGAUAUAAUAAUACUGACGCUAUAGAUUAUGUCCACUGUGGUAUAUCAUUAUAUAGAAUAAUACAGUACAACAAAACAAACUUAACAGGAGUGUGCUAUAACACUGUAUAAGAUAAUAUGACAAUCUAAUGAUAAUAUAUAUAAGUAUAGUAUAAUAACACAAUAACAAAACACAAUCUGAUAUAGUAAAACAUGAAAUAGAACUAUAAUAAUAAUAAUAAUAAUAAUAAUACUGAACUAGAAUACAGUAUAAUAAUAGAUAAUAAUAGUCAUCAUCAUCAUCAUAAUAAUAAUAAUAAUAAUAAUAAUAAUAAUAAUAAUAAGAAACAAACAAACAAACAAACAAAAAAUAAAAUAAAAAUAUGACAAAGAGAGGAGGCAAGGCCAGACUGGGGUAUCGGAGAGGCGAGGGAGAGGCCCCUCCACCAGGCCCCAAGCAGGACAGCCAGAAGCCCCAGCAGGAGACAGGCGAAACGGGAGUGAAGUCAGCCCCCGGCAUUUUAGAGCAACCUGCCAGCUAACCAAACUAGCUUCCUUUUCAUCUGCAGUAUUAGCUUAAAAUUUAUUAUAUAAUGUUUCAUAUAUUUAUAGGAUGAUUUUAUGUCAGCAGAGGUAAACACGUAUUACAAAACAUAUCAUGAAAUGUUUUGAUUUUUUGUAUGUGUUGUUCCCACAGACUGCAUAUAAAGAUGGACUAAAUGUCUCCAGUUCCUCCUAUUGCAUAAAACUGAAGCCAGAAUAUUCCGGAUUGGCCAUCGCCAUCUUGCGUUGGUGACAUCAUUUGGAGCCAGUGUCUACGCAGUAGCCACCUCUGAGAUAUCGAUUUAAAACCAAA